UUUUUUUGGGGGGGGGGGGGAAACGCACGCCGUUUAAAGGUAAAUUCAAAAGGUUGAUGCUCCCUCCAAGGGGCGGGGGUUCUGCUGGUGUUGGGAAAAAAAACACAAUGCAACGCCCUUCCCUUCCCUCCCCAGUGCCCACUCUGUACAGGUGUUGGAUCCCAAUGGAGCUGCAGGGAGCGCGUGGGGUUGGGGGGACCCGGCGCGUGCUCGGCUCCUGGGAGCGACGCGGCGGCGGCGGUUGCUACCGGCCGUGGUUGCUAGGGCGGUUGCUUGGGUAAGGGGACCUGGCGACGGCAGUGCCGCAGGGAACGAUGGAGUACUGUGGAAAGACAGAAGACAGGAUUUGGAUCAACCAUACAGAUUUGAACCAGGUUCAAUAUGUCUGAACAUGCUCAACUUCUUCGCAGACCAUUGCCACCAAAAGAUGCAAUAUCUGCAAAACCCUGUGAACCCAUAAGUAGACCUCCUGAUAAACUUUCUACGAAAAAUGCCACAGCUCCCAAGGGUGAACACAAGAAGGAAAACGCAAAAGAAUUAGACUCUGCCAAUCAACCCUGCACUUCCUGUACUUCAAAUAGAUUUCUUUCCUGGGAUGUUGCUAUACAUGGACAGGAUGACUUGAAUUUUGCAGAGGAUGAUCUUUGGUACGAUUUAAAUGAUUUUCUUCAGGAACCCAGUGUGAGAGUUCCACCUUUGCGGAGUAAAGGCGUAGUCUUAUCCCGUCACAACUAUGAAAAAAUUGUGAGGCUUCUUGCUGCUGAAUUAUGGAAUCAGAACCAGGAAAAAGUGAACAUUGUAGAAUUGCCUUUUGAUGAUAUUCCACCUGUGUCAAGACGAAUACCUGAGAGGCAACGCACUAUUGAAAUGAUUGCUGCUGCUCGACAUCUAGAAAAUAACUUAAGACGUGGUAUUGGGCCAGAAUUGCCUGGCUAUCCAGUUGCAGGUCCAAAUACUGAAGGAGGUAAAGAAAUUCUUGAAUCUUCAGACAAUGUAUCCCUAGAUUCGGAGGAAGAACCAGAAGGAAACGUAAACCCAUAUGAUCUUCUUGUUCUAAGAACCAUAACAGUCGGAAAUGAUUCUUUAAACCUCAGGGGUCAUUUUCUUCGCCAACUUCCUGACCUGACUGCACUUGUUUCCAUAUUAAAGUAUCUGAACCUGUCUUUCAACACUUUACAGGACAUUCCUGCUGAGAUUUAUAGAUUCUCCCACCUCGAAGUGCUGAAUUUACGAGACAACCCUAUAAAGGAGAUUUCUUCUGAUAUUGCAAAACUAGCAAACCUGAGAAUCUUUAAUAUUUCCUUCUGCCAGAUUUCAACCCUGCCUGCUGGGUUAUUUCAUUUAGCAAAUCUCCAGUCCCUGAACAUUGCCUAUAACAAGAUUUCUGUUAUUUCCAAUGACAUUAAGAACCUAAGGAGCAAAUGUAUCAUAGUAAGUGCUGAAAGAGCUAAGGUGGUUAGUGGGGCACCUGACAUACAGCUCCUUUGAAGAGUGGAUCUUGGCCCUUGCAAGUGAAGAUCAAGCGUCAGAACAGUCUCCAUGGUUAAGUGGCUGACCCCACAAGACAACCCUUCCUCCACCUCCGAGGAAGAACGCAUGGAUGCCACAGAGGAGGCACCAAUAGGACUACCUUCUGAACCUUCCACCAGCUCAGAUACUGACACCUCGGUGAGAAUAUCAGCUGAAUUCAAGCAUGUUGCAGAGGAAGAAAAUCCCAGGUUGCUGGCACUCAGAGGACUGAGGACCCCAUGAUGUUGGCCAUUCGUGACUUAAGCAGGCAAGUUUGUUGGAGGCGCUGGACAACCUGAAACAAAAGGUUACACAACUGCAUCAACACUUACUGGGACCUUACUGCCUCAGAAAUGCAAACGUCUAGCCAUUUCCAUGAAUAGGUUGUUGGCUGCCAUGGAGAGCCAGGAGCAACACUCACACAGUUUGCUGGAUAUGCGCACAGACCUGCACUCCAUCGCUCUAACCAUCAGGGCAUCACAUCAACACCGAGGCAACAGAGAACAAGGGUCCUUAACAUCACCCCUGGUGCCCCUUCCUCAAAGGGAACCAGGGUAGUGCCAGUAUGGAACCAAUUGGAGGAGGAGACUCCAUACAGGAACCUCAGAAGUCUCCUCUCGGGCCACUUCAGAGGUGGCAGGGCCUUCGAGGUCCACACUGCCUGCUACCCUCAGCCCUAUGGGAGGUCAAGCCAAGGAGCAUGAACCUCCAUCUGGACAGAACACACGCAGAAUAUCUGAGACACAAAACCCCUGGAGUCACCUCACCAAAUCUUCAAGGCCAGUGUGCUCCACUGUAGGGCAGGCUCCCUUCACUCAAACUGCAGACCCUGGGACCUAAUACUUUAGCACAUUUGUUAAUAAAUAUUUACAUUUCUUGGCUGUGUGAACAAAUGUAUGUCUGGUAGUAAUUACAAAUACAGAGUCUAGCCAGCCUUUGUCUUGGCGAGAUUCUGUAGUCAAUGGUGAGAAGUGAGCAGCUCCUGCAGCAUGUGAAUGCCAUGGGAACUCAUUCUUGCUACUUUGCCACCUUGGAUGAAACCUGCCACUCCACUAUGCAUUACGUGUGCAUCACAGUCACGACUGGUAUUUAUUCCUGAUGCUGAACGAUGUGGUCAAGAGUGUUUGGGGCCAGGAUUUGGACUCCACAUGUUUCUUAAUGCCUAAGUACAGCUGGCAAGUGUCUUUCAGCUGUACUGUAUGGAUAUCUGUGUAAUGCUGUUACCCUUUUGAAGGGCCUCACAGAGGGGCAAAGAGUUGUACAUCACAGAAACAGACCCUUCGGUUCAACCCGUCCAAGCCAACCAGAGAUCCGAAA